AUGGCAGAAGAGCCCGCAAUCACAGCUGAAGCAGCUGUAGCUUCGGCGGCUGCAGCACCGGUCUCUAUUGCACCCGAGCCGGUGCAGGAGAGGAAGCUAGAAAUCCUCUGGGCCACCAGUGGUGAGCUCCUGGUGACCCUGAUGCUGCCCGCAAGCAGUCUCGUGAAAGACGUGAAGGCGCAGCUGCAGUCCAAGCUGGGAAUCGAUGUCGAAAUGCAGAAGCUCGUCACAGACGAGGCGGUGCUCGAGGACGACCACCCUCUGCCUCCAGAGCCUGGCCAUCAGCUCCGUCUCAUCUGCAUAUCGCCAGAGUAUGGCCUGGUCGUGGUGGAGGAGGUGGAUAACAGGAGGUCACGCAGUGGAUCAGAGCAGCGCGGGAAUGUGGCCUCAAAGACAAACGGCUUGGCGAAAGCCCUGGGCACGUCGGGAGACGUCCGAGAAGAAGGGGACACCACGCACUACCACGUUCAAUUGGAGGUGGUGGUGCCAGAGACCAAAGAGCAGCCGAAGCUUUUUUGGACCGAAAUCACCAGCGGCAUUGGGACGUGCAGCGUCUUCAGCUGCUACGUGGAGCCUGGAGCCAAAGUGCUCCUGGCUUUGCCGGACGAAGCUUUCGCGCCCGUUCUGCCAGCAGAAAGGGUCUGGGUGCCGGUGAUAUAUCCCAGGGGACCCAAGCGUACAUCAGGCUUUGCAAGCGGCAAAGGUCAGCCGCCCCGUGGGUUCCUUUCUCUGAACUGCUUGAGACCGCUACGGCCAGAGGACUGCGACUGGCAGAGCGUGACUGCGCCCAAACUCUACCGACUUUAUUCUUGA